AUCUACUAAUCAGCGACUCCGUCUGCCAACCUUUGGAACAGUCACAGCCCUGUAUUUUCAGCGUGACGUGUAAAUGGUCAUGGACUGAUGUUGUAUGCUACAGUGUAACAUCAAUAAUGACAAUCUGCCAAUGUAGAGGGCCUGCGGCGCGUCAGUUCUUCAACUGCCUCUAUCGAUGGAGUGCGCGUUCAGAGUGCCCUCCCUACAGCUGUGCUCUUGGCUCAACUCUACAACGUACGCAAGGUCUUUCGAGAACGAAAUGCCGAGUCUCAAUGUACCUAAUACGUACUCAUUCUACAAUCAGAGAGAUACCCCCAGUAGCGCAGAAAGAGCUAGAUAGGAUGAAAGGCAGUUACGAAUGGGGCGACGAACGCUUCUUGGCUGACCCUAUGGUAUUGCAAAGGCCACGCGAGGAGGAGAUAGAUGCGCUGCGGGAAUCGAUCGACCCGCAAAUGCGAAAAGAUCUUUUCAUCAAAGUCUUUCGCGAGCUGAUGAACCCUGUCGCUCUCAUAACGGCAAUCACAGAGCCUAUUGAAGAAGCUGAUAGUGGUAGAAAAGGAUAUUCAAACGUUCAGAUCAUGACGAUAAGCUCGCUGACGUCAGUGACGGUAUCGCCUGUUCCAUAUGUCUCUUUCAACAUUAAGAUUCCAUCGCGCACCUUUGAUGCUAUGGGGCCGCUGUUCCGCAUCAGCUUGCUGGUCUGUAACAAGAUAGCUGCAUUCACGGCCGAGCAAUUCACGAUGGGCGACGCGCGGGAGAUGCUUCUAGGCUUCACGGGUUCCAAAUUACCGACGCUCAAGAGCGAUGACAUUCGGAUACCAUAUCUCGAAGGUGUUAGCACUGAGUCCCUUAUCUGCAAAGUGGACAAAACAAUGGAAGUUGGAGAUCAUGUCGUGGUAGUAGCAGAGGUCUUGGACGUCCGCCGCGAUCAAGUCCGUGGUAGCGAGACGCGUCAUCUAUACUACAGGACAGGAAGGUACGUCGAUGAUAACGGGGUCAGCAUGCAACCACGAGAAGACGUGUACGACCAACUAUGGCAUGUUAUUGUAGCCAAAUCGAUACACUAUCUUAAAGGCCCGCAGGGCCCGGAUACAUUGCGAGCAGAAGGACUCAUAGGGAUUCUCAAAGCUACAAAGAUAUAUGAGAUUAGAGAUACGCAGCGGGGUACCAUGCAUCUGAAUUUGAUGCUCACGAUAUUGAAGCAGACUUGUCCAGAACUUCUAUGUAACUUAUCCGACGAAGAAUUGAUGAAGGGAUUCCAGCCAAUCCCAUACGACAUGUGGGAAGGUCUGGUUGCGAGCCAAAGGAAAACAGCUAGUAGCAGAAGGCCUGAGAAAAAGUCGCUCCCAAAUGCCUCAGCGCCUCAAGAGAAAAGCAAUCUACCAAAUUCAGACAUAGCUACCUAGGGAGGUAGGAGUGUCGACGAGGCUCAUCUGGAAGAUUCCAAAGACACUAUUUCCCCAGACGCCCUGAUUGAGGAGAAAGGCUCUCAAAAUACGGCCAAACGUGCGGGGAAAGAGCUUGGAAAGCGCGGUUUAUCUGAAGACCCUGAUCAACGGGACGCCGUCGGAACUGCUAGACCAGAGGGGCACUACAGGAUUUCGGAAAACCGUCUGUCGUGCAUUCACUCGGGCCAGAAGGACUCGAAGAACCAAGAACCGAUCAGAAGGUACCGAGGAUGUAUGUAUUAUAUUAUAACAUAUCAGCGUUUCCCUCAAUACACGACAGGACCAGCUCCAACGCGCUCUGUGUAGAUUGGCCCAACAUUCUACUUG